AUGCAGUUCCCGCACCCGGGGCCCGCGGCUGCGCCCGCCGUGGGAGUGCCGCUGUACGCGCCCACGCCGCUGCUGCAGCCCGCUCACCCGACGCCCUUCUACAUCGAUGACAUCCUGGGUCGCGGGCCCGCCGCGCCCACGCCCACCCCCACGCUGCCAUCCCCCAACUCCUCCUUCACCAGCCUCGUGUCCUCCUACCGGACCCCGGUGUACGAGCCCACGCCGGUCCACCCCGCCUUCUCGCACCACCCCGCCGCCGCGCUGGCCGCCGCCUACGGCACCGGUGGCUUCGGAGGCUCUCUGUACUCCUUCCCGCGGACGGUGAACGACUACACGCACGCCCUGCUCCGCCACGACCCCCUGGGCAAGCCCUUGCUCUGGAGCCCCUUCCUACAACGGCCGCUGCACAAAAGGAAAGGCGGCCAAGUGAGGUUCUCCAACGACCAGACCAUCGAACUGGAGAAGAAGUUCGAGACUCAGAAAUACCUCUCCCCACCUGAGAGGAAGCGUCUGGCAAAGAUGUUGCAGCUGAGUGAGAGACAGGUCAAAACCUGGUUUCAGAAUCGACGAGCUAAAUGGAGGCGCCUGAAACAGGAGAACCCUCAAAGCAAUAAAAAGGAUGAGGUAGACAAUUUGGACACUUCCUGUGACCGGAGCCAAGACUCGCCCAGUGAACAGAGUAAAGGUGCCUCUUUGGAUAGUUCUCAGUGUUCACCUUCUCCAGCCUCUCGGGAAGACCCUGACUCCGAGAUCUCAGAGGAUUCUGACCAGGAAGUGGACAUCGAGGGUGACAAAAGCUAUUUUAAUGCCGGAUGAUGGUCACCGGCGGAGAUGCAUUCAGAGACCGGACUUUCAAAUCGUGUUUUGCUACAGACAAACUGGAAAACUCUAUGGGAGAGAAAAAGAAUAUCAUUCUUCUAGUGUCCUGAAAAUAUUUGGUGUCCUAGCUAAUUAACAAACAUGAAUUGAAGCCUUAAUUUUGACCUAACAGAUGGUAUAUAUACCAGUUUUAAGUUGUUUUGAUAGUGACUAAAUGUAUCCCCAUUUUUAAAAAAGUGAAUUAUUUCUAUUUAUGAGAAGUAAUUUGAAUUUUUGUUUAAAACUUAAAUUAUAACUUUAAAGGUUUUAAUAGGCUGUUCUUGAAGGACUUAUACUAAAUCUGUGGCUGUACCCUCAACUUCAGAGGGGCACUUAGAAAGGGGGGCCCACGUUUGUGGCUCCGUGGAGCAGUUUAAAAGGGCACACUGACUCUUACAUGACAUCUUCCAUUGCUGCCUUAACUCCAAAGCCAUUCCAGAGCGCCUGGCUCCAGGCGUGUGUUCUUAGAAGCAAGAUAGUUGAUAAGAGUCUCAAAAUCUUGUUUUGCUCCGUCAGUGCCUCUGUUAAGGUAUGGCACAGUCCCUAGAGGCAGGGAGACUGAUUCAUUUGUGACUGAAGGUAAUCCCAUGUGAACUAGAAAUAACAGGACAAUUAAAUGUAAGUAGAUUGUAGAUAGUGUGUUUUAUAGAAACAAUGUCUAUAACAUGUAUAUAGAAUUAUUCUCUGUAAAAAC